AUGGCCCGGCCUCAAUACCUCCCCGAUUCCAGGACCAAAUGGACUACUGGGUCCGACUCAUAUCCUAUCUGGCCGUCAGACCCGGAAAUUUCUAUCAUCAGCGAAAUUGCGGCAUCGGUCCUGGGCUUGCCGACUGACAGCCUCAGCGUGCGAUUCCUUGAUGACGGCGCCUAUCACAAAGUGUAUGACAUCAGCCAGACGAAUAUUUCGCCCACCUCCGUUGCGUAUCUAUUUCGCGUCGCGGUAGCAGUCGACCCUGUACACAAGAUGGAAAGCGAGAUGGCGACUCUGGAGUUUCUUCGCCAGAAGACUACUAUUCCUGUGCCCAAGCCUAUUGCCUGGAACUCAUCUGCCGCAAAUCCACUCGGCUAUGAAUGGGCACUUUUGGAAAAGGUCCCAGGAGUGGAUCUUCACGAUGUAUGGCUGAAUCUCCCAUGGGAGAAAAAGGUUAACAUUGUUGAGAGCAUCGCUGGCUAUCUUGCUCAGAUUUGGAGCCUGGAUCUUCGAUUCCCAAAGAUCGGUUCGCUCUACCGAGCCACGUUUGUCGACCAAGAGCACAUCACCAACACACCCCCAUCAGCUACCCCUGCUAACAUUUCUUCAAUCUCCAUGUCAAGAGCCGAUUCUGCGUUCAAGGAAGGCUUCAAGAUGGGGCCUGUGGUAGAUGGCGCUUUCUUCUCCGACCGUCGUCGCUAUCUCGAAAGCGAUCGAGGGCCUUACACCUCCUGCUCCGACUGGCUUCGUGCCCGAAUCGAGAUUGAAAAGGAGUAUAUCAGAACAGGCAAACUCCUCAUCGAAGAACAGCAGACUAUGGAGAAACUAGAAGAUGCGGAUGAUCUUGCCAAUGAGAUAGGCAUAGGCCUUGAUAAAGACGAUGAUUUCGAUACUAUUUUGGACACCUGCGAUGGCUAUAUGCGGGCUCUGCCACUGGUGUUUCCGCCACCAAAAACGAGUAAGCUGUCGGAGGCUCGCUUCGUUCUGCGCCAUUGUGAUCUGCGAGGAGCGAAUAUCAUUGUCCACCCGGAAACGUUCAACAUCACAGGAAUCAUCGAUUGGGAGAGUACCCGCACCGUUCCCGAAUGGUAUGGCUUGAACUAUCCCCUGCUGAUCCAGGAUAUGGAUCCAUUUACGUCCAGGCCCUCGAAGUCGGCCGUGGCCGCGCUCAAGGAGGAGGGAACCAUGCCCGAGGACCGACUCGACAUCCUUCGAUUCCAAUGGAGUUUAUGGGAGAAACAAGACCUGCGUGAGGUGUUUGACCGCAAGCUGGAACAGCUGGGCUUCAGCAAAGACUGGCGUCCCAACUCGCCCGAAGACGAUCUAAAAUCCCGAUUUAUCAAGGGUGUUCGCGACCUGGCCGACUUCUGGCCAAGGUCCGCGAACAUCCUGGAGAAAAUCGAGUCGAAAACCCAACUUGCCCCGAAGGUAACAAACAUCCCCCUCCAAGUCACGAGAGAUGGCGCUUCAGGCUGGGUGACGUGCUCAUGA